AUGGGAGACUGGAAUUUCCUUGGGGUCAUUCUGGAGGAAGUCCAUAUUCACUCGACAAUAGUUGGAAAAAUCUGGCUUACCAUUCUUUUUGUAUUCCGCAUGCUGGUUUUGGGCGUAGCAGCUGAAGAAGUCUGGAAUGAUGAGCAAUCACAGUUUGUAUGCAAUACAGACCAGCCUGGAUGCAAAAAUGUCUGCUAUGACCAAGCAUUUCCUAUAUCUUUAAUUAGAUAUUGGGUUCUUCAAGUUAUUUUUGUGUCUUCGCCAUCACUGGUAUACAUGGGACAUGCCAUUUACAGAUUAAGAGUUCUUGAGAAAGAAAGACACAGAAAGAAAGCUCAGCUGAAAGGCGAGCUCGAGGGUGUAGAGUAUGAGUUUACAGAGGACCGCAAGAGACUAGAGCGCGAACUUAGACAACUGGAGCAAAGAAAACUCAAUAAGGCUCCUCUCCGUGGUUCCCUCCUCUGCACUUAUAUCAUACAUAUAUUCACCAGAUCUGGGGUUGAGGUUGGUUUUAUGAUUGGUCAGCAUGUACUUUAUGGAGUUCAAAUGAAUCCUCUCUACAAAUGCCAAAGAGAUCCUUGCCCCAAUGUGGUUGACUGCUUUGUAUCAAGACCUACUGAGAAGACAGUAUUUAUGCUCUUUAUGCAGUGCAUAGCAGGGGUUUCUUUAUUUCUUAACAUUUUGGAAAUAGGUCAUCUUGGCAUGAAAAAGAUAAGGAAAGGGUGUUUAGAAAAAUAUAAACUGAAAGAUGAAUUUGAUGAAUGUUAUAUGAAUAAACCUCAGAAACAUUCCACAGCUACUCAUACAUGUAUUGGUAUGUGUGCUAGCCCACAAAAGACCAUACCUUCGGCGCCAAGCAACUACACAUUGUUAAUGGAAAAACAACAUGACCCAACUGUAUAUCCAAUCUUAAAUCCGCCUUGUGGAUUCCAUUCCCCUGUAGAUUUGCACCCAGAUAACAGUAAUACAUGUAUCCUUGAUGAGCAGGAAACCAAAUCUGCUAAUGAGGUGAACUCGGCUAAUACAGCAGAAAGCCAUUGUCACAACAGCAGUUCUAAUAAUAAUGAAAAGACAAGUAAAAGUCUUGUUUCUGACAAUAAGCCAGCAAAAAAGCAACCACAGCGGAAAAGUGGUUUCAUAAGAAGCACUUAUUCAAGUGCUGAAUAUGUACCAAGUAUACCAAUGGGAACAAUGAAUGAGAUACCAUCUGAGGACAAUGAGGAAUUCUCCAGAACAAACUUUAUGUGUUCUAUAGCCAGCAAUGCAGUCCGGAAAUCUAGAAAGAUCAGUGCUCCAUGGCACAGUUCUAAAGUGGGUGAGAGAAGUGCAUUCAUCCAGGAUUCAAUAUGCAGUACCAGAGGACGUUACAGCUUUAACUCUAAUAGACCAUGGGCACAUUCAAAGUCUGACCUAAAACAAACCAGCCGGCCAGGCACGCCAGAUACUAUAGGAGAGCAGAGCCCAGAACGCAAGCAGUAUAAAGAAUGCGAUGGCCCUAUAACCUUCUCCCCAAAUCGAAGGAUGUCACUGACAAGUAAUGCCAGUAGUCGACGUGUUAACACUGAUCUGCAAAUCUAA